CUAAUAAUACAAUGAUCGAUUUCUAAUAUCACAUUAUCAUGCGAUUAAUAUCCAAGUUUUAUUAAGAAAUUUCAUUGAAUAUGGCUAUAAUUACUAAAUUUAAAUAUUAAAAUUUUUUUUUUGUUUCCUUUCCAGAGCUUACGUAUAUAAAUUAAUAGUUGGAACAUUAUUUUCUGGUGAUGAUUUUAUUAUCAACAACUUAUUUUACUAUGUUUUGCAGUCGACUACAGCCGAUUCAUGCCUCUCCUCUAUAACUCGAGAUCUGCCUACAAGUACGUUAAUGUCACGUUUUGGAUAUAGUUAGAGAAUUAAGUAAAUAAAAGGACUACGCUAAGGAUUUGAUUAGUCGAGCUCUGAAUUACUCCCGGCAGUCGAGUCGUAGCUCGCGCGUUUAGAUGAGCAAGACGGCUUUGCGAACGCAUCUUCUCUCGUCAAAGCGGAAUUGAAUUUUCUCGCCGAAGCCAUGCAUCGUCACUCGUCGGAUUCGCGGAAAUUUCGUACAGUCCUCGAGAUUGUCUACUGGAAGGAAAAUGUGCGGAGUCAAAUAGAACGAGUCCUUUUGUCUACGUGACUUAGCUGUCGAGCAUUUGAACGAUCAUCCAGGAUUGAUUAGCCGAAAUCACUCGCAAUGGCACUCAGCAACGGAAAAGACAAGUUGUUCAGUCAGGAGCUUUUGCUGUGGGUGAAGCAGCAGGACAAUUCUAUCUUGUCCGCUCUGUCGGGCGUGAGGAAUCUGAGCAAGCUGGCUGAGGGCGACGGGACGACGCUACUCCAUUACGCCGCUCGGUUCGGUAACGUCAAGCUUCUGGAAAACCUCAUCGAACUCGUCAAUCGCGUCGACAUCGUCAAUCAGUCGGGGGAGACUCCGCUGAUGUACGCCGUGGCCGGCGACCAGCUGCAAGCAGUCGCGACGCUGCUCGAAGCCGAGGCCGACGUAUUGCUGGUCGACAUCCACGGUCGCUGUGCCUUGACGAUGGCGUUCGAGCACGCGGCGAGGAUCAGCCCCGAAAUCGCCGAGCUAGUCGUUCGCUCGGUCACGCCCGAGGCCCUGCGGGGCAGCGAAUGCGUUGCGAGCGAGAUCUUCCACCUCGACUGUCCGCUUUACCACUUCGUGUCGCUGGACGACGUCCAGAUAACGGAGGUACUACUGGAGAACGGCGGCUCGGUGCACGCCAGCUGCCCGCUGACAGGGGACACGGCUCUGCACCGUGCGGUCGAGGUACUGAGCGUGGACAACGUGAGGUUGCUGCUGAACCGCGGCGCCGACGCGAACGCCAAGAGGUUCGACGAGCAGAGGCCUCUGUCGCGCAUCCGCGACUUCAGGGACCAGAGCAAGGUGCUAGCGGUCGUCGAGGCACUGAUAGGCGCGGGCGCGACGUUGGUCGCGCGCGGCCACAUCACGCAGUACUCGCCGGCCGCCCUCUUGGUGAAGUACGGCGACUGGGAGGUGGUGCGCACAGUGCUGGACAGCGGCGUCGACCCGCAGUUCCAGGACUCGGAGGGCCUGGCGCUACUGCAUCACCUGGCCGGCAACAGGCAUCUCGGCAUUCUCGAGGAGCUGCAAUCGCUCGAGCUCUACGUCGACGUCCGCUGCGAGAUGGGCAGGACGAUGCUGCACUACGCGGCUCAGCGAGGCAACGUCUCCUCCCUCGAACUGUUGAUGGACAAUGGCGCCGACGUUAACGCUAGGGAUCGGCUGGACUGCUCGCCGCUGUGCACUAUCGUCAACUCGGUGUCGUCCGAGGACCUCUGUAAUAGCCAAGCACUGCAGCAGUACGUGGAAUGCGUGCAGCUGCUUCUGGAGCGAGGCGCUGACUGCGAGAUAUUCUCUGACUACAACGACGUUUGGCUCAAGCGCACAAAUGAACAAUCGGCUACAGAUGAAUUUCUGGAGCUGAUCAAUCCUAUUUUGGCUUACGCGGCCAUGCUCGUCGCGUCUGGCUGCGUGCUUCAGCCAGCCAUGCAAUUUAAAAUUGAGUCUUGUCCGCAGCUCAAGCAUCUCUUCGAUUCGUCUUACGAGCAAGCUGAGGCAUUCAAACAACUGAUCAUCGGGCGAUCGGUGACUCUCUUUGACUUUUUGAUCGCGGGAGAGGAACAACUGGCAUUUUACGCAGAACACGAAAGUUUCGUUCCGGACUUAAGGCAGGUCAUCCAAAGCCGCGUCUCUGACAAAUACUACGCGUCUAGGCUAAACAAGCGGUUUUGGAUGAUGUCUCAGCUGUGCAACGUGAAAAUCGACGACGAAUUCGUCAACGAUUUUUCGGAAUCCCAUGAAUAAUAAGCAGUUGUUAAACGUACUAAAGUUAUAAAAAUCUGGUUAGCGACCACUUUCUUCAAAUUUAUUAGAAACCGCUGUGACUAUGUCUACCGAUGAGACACUCGAUCGAUGUACAAAACCUGUGAUUUCUCUAAGAAUGACGACUGAUAAUUAGAAAGCUACAGACUAGUAAUUUACUAUUUGCGAAAUGUUUUGUAAAAUAUAAGUAAAUUUGCUUAACAAAAUUAGAAGCACGUUCAUUGAAGACAAAGGUUCCGAUGGGAGCUCAAGCGAAGACUAAAAAUUCAUGCUAUACCAACUGUGAAAGACCGAAACAAUAAACGAAUUGUAUCAACUUCUUUACCAAUGGGUACGUAGAUUUAGUAUUUUAUCGAAGACGGAUCAAUCGGAUGACCCUGAAUUCGGUCACAAGCAUUUCAAUUUGAAUACGUACUUAGCGAAUACAUCCAAUCAAACAGCUUUUUAUUAGUUUAAUCAAAACAAUAGUCUACUACACAUACAUCCUGAAGAUAAUAAAAUUGUAUGCAAAACCUUGAAAAGCCUCGUUGGUAUACUUUAUUGUUCGCAUCGUCAUUCCAAUGCACCUAUAUUCAUGAACGUUCGACUAUAGAACAAGUGGAAACGCGUUGAUUAAACUCUACAUACUGCAGACAAGGCUAUCCACAAACUUUGUAUAUGAUAAUCAUUUGCAAUGCUUGAACUUGUCGGUUGUCAGAUAGCUAAAAUUCAGUUGGAAUUGUAUCGCGCAAAGUGAUUAUCGAAUGUAUAAGAUUAUUGCAGGCAUCAAAAGUCAAAUAUUCAAUGUGAACUAUAUCAAUUAUAUCACUAAUAGCUUCAAAAUGUGAAUCGUAUUAAAACUGUA